AUGGUAAAGGAAAUUAAGGAAACUGAGGAGAAGGUUAUCAGUACAUUAGGCGAAAUUAAACGAGCAGUUUCAGAAUUUACGGACAUGUUUGCAGACAUAAAGGGGGAAAAUAACAGACGAGAUGUUAAAGAGAAGAGACGAGAUAGAAAACUUGAACGACCUCCGAUAGCUUUCCAUGCACAUUACUUGACAGAUUUUGCUCUUGAUACUACAGAUGAGAUUAUUAUAUUUACAAAAAGUGUGAUAAACGAGGGAACAGGUUACGACCCUUCUACUGGAAUUUUUACAGCACCCGUUGGAGGACUGUAA